AUGACUGAAAUGAAGAGGUUGCCGAGUACCUACGUGGUCAAGAGAGAUGGUAGCAAAGAAGGUGUACAUUUUGAUAAGAUUUCGCACCAUAUCGAGAAGCUGUGCUACGGUCUUGAUCCGAACUAUGUGGAUCACAUAGAGGUUGCAAAAAAAGUCAUUGCUGGUCUUUAUCCUGGUGUUACGACGGUAGAACUUAACAACUUGGCUGCGGAGACAGCUGCAGACAUGACUGUGAAACAUCCAGACUAUGCAAUUUUGGCUGCUAGGAUAGCUAUUUCAAAUCUUCAUAAAAAAACAAAAAAGGUGUUUUCUGAAGUUAUCAGCGACCUGUAUCAUGCCACUCAUAUGAAGACUAAAGUGCAUGUUCCUUUGGUCAGUAAGCAGGUGUACGAAGUUGUGAAAGCUAACGCUACUAAGCUGGAUGCCGCUAUUCAACAUCAUCGGGACUUUUCUUACACCUACUUCGGUUUCAAAACGCUAGAGCGGUCUUACUUAUUAAAAAUUAACGGCGAGAUUGUAGAAAGGCCGCAGCAUAUGCUUAUGCGUGUUGCUGUUGGCAUUCAUAAAGAAGACGUUGACGCAGCUAUUCAGACUUAUGACCUGAUGUCAGAGAGGUGGUUUACUCACGCAACGCCAACUUUAUUCAAUAGUGGUACAUGCAGACCACAGAUGAGUUCGUGUUUCCUUUUAACUGUUGGAGAUGACAGCGUUGAGGGGAUAUUUGAAAUCUUGAAAAAAUGUGCUUUGAUUUCAAAAAAUGCUGGUGGCAUUGGCUUAAGCGUUCACAAUGUUCGUGCAAAAGGCGCUCCAAUAAGAGGGACCGGUCGUUGUUCACAUGGUUUAGUGCCUUUGCUACAAAUGUUCAAUAACACUGCUAGAUAUGUUGAUCAGGGCGGCAAUAAAAGACCUGGUGCGUUUGCUGUUUAUUUGGAACCGUGGCAUUCAGACAUAUUUGAUUAUCUGGAAUUGAGAAAAAAUGUGGGCAGUGAGGAAGAGCGAGCUAGGGAUUUAUUUUUUGCUUUAUGGAUUCCUGAUUUGUUCAUGCGGCGAGUUGAAAAGAACGAAAUUUGGUCACUUAUGUGCCCGUAUGAAUCUCAAGGUCUUCAGGAUUGUUGGGGAGAAGAGUUUGAAAAGUUAUAUUCGAGAUACGAAUCUGAGGGGCGGUAUAAGAAGCAGAUUGAAGCUCGAAAAUUGUGGGAAGCAAUCAUUGUGGCCCAGAUAGAGACAGGAAUGCCUUUCAUGGUCUAUAAGGACGCUUGCAACCGGAAGAGCAAUCAGCAAAAUCUUGGUACCAUAAAAUCAUCAAACUUAUGCACAGAAAUUGUUGAAUAUUGCUCCGAAAAUGAAAUUGCUGUUUGCAAUCUAGCUUCGGUCGCUCUCAAUCGUUUUGUAACCUCAGACAGGAAGUUUGAUUUUGACAAACUGCAUGAGGUGACGAAAGUGGUGACACGCAAUUUAAACAAAGUCAUAGAUGCGAAUUAUUAUCCAAUCCCUGAAAUGAAGGUUUCAAACAUGCGUCAUAGACCUAUAGGAAUUGGUGUACAAGGACUCGCUGAUGCUUUCUUGCUCUUGAGAUACCCGUUCGCCAGUCAACAAGCUAGGGAUUUAAACAGAAGGAUCUUCGAGACAUUAUAUCAUGCGGCGUUGGAAGCAUCUUGUGAAAUUGCUGAACGUGACGGCCCUUAUGAAACUUAUAAGGGAUCUCCGGCGAGUAAAGGGAUCUUGCAAUAUGAUUUUUGGAACGUAACGCCGACAGAUCAAUGGGAUUGGAGUGCGCUGAAGGCUAAGAUCGCCAGAUAUGGGUUACGCAACAGUCUUCUUCUUGCCCCUAUGCCUACAGCUUCAACGGCACAGAUCCUGGGUAAUAACGAGAGUGUGGAACCGUACACGACUAACGUGUAUACCCGUAAUGUUCUGUCAGGGAACUUUCAGAUUUUUAAUCCUCAUCUCAUGAAGGACCUCGUUGAACUUGGGCUCUGGGACGAUGAUAUGAGGUUUGACAUAAUCUAUAACAAGGGGUCUGUGCAGAACAUCAAGAGGAUUCCGCUUGAAGUACGAGAAUUGUACAAAACUGUUUGGGAAAUUUCUCAAAAGGUACUAAUUGAUAUGGCAGCCGAUCGGGGAGCGUUCAUCGAUCAAUCACAGUCACUAAACAUCUUUAUUGCAAAACCCAGUUUGGCUAACAUUACUAGUAUGCACUUCUACGGUUGGAAGAAGGGCUUGAAAACUGGUAUGUAUUAUUUACGGACAAGGCCUGGCGUUGAUGCUGUCCAGUUCACCGUGGAUAAGAGCCGAUUGAAGGAAAGGGAAGCCAGGGAACUUGCUGAGAAGAUGCUCGAGUGUUCGCUGUCUAAUCCGGAAACUUGCGCAAUGUGUAGUGGCUGA